AAUUAGAUAUGGUAAUUUGGAAAAGGAGAAAAGGUACCUUUGUAUAUAAAUACAUCAGUGUGCUAUGCAUGUGAUAAUUCAGGCUGCAGAAAUUAUAUGUUAUAGCUGGAUGUAUUCUCCAUAAUUUCAAUUGACGGCUUCCUUUUGGUCAACUCUUGUGACUUUUACUCAUGGAUGGUUCUUUGCUCUGUUUCGUUGUUUUGUCUUGCUCCUUAAACACUUCCCAAUUUUACUUCGAAGAGGUCCAUGUAAUGUAUGUUAUCACUUUAUAUGUGAGGGGGUGAGUUGAGCUUCAUCACCACAAAGAAGACACAGGCAAGGCUGGCAAACAGCAUGCACAUUGCCGACAAAAUUAGUAUGUCUGUAUCUAUCCUCCCACGGCUCAAGCUUCUCAAAGUUGCAAAUUUAUUGCACACAUAGGAACCAUCUGGCAAUCGCGGGCACCUACACUCUGAUCCACACCCCUUUGUAUCACAGUAGAAGCUGAUUGAGGUCAUUGCAUGCAUUGCAUACUGGAAUGGAUUGCUCCAAUACAUCCAUCUGUUGAACUCUAUGUUAGAGAGCACGACCACUACACCAGAAGCUGAAUUCCACAUUGACGUCACAAUUGACACGGCAAAUGCAGCUAGUGUUGGCACUGGUGCUAGGAAAGUGAUCAUCAUUCCAAAAUAGUUUAGGCAUAGUGUGAACAGCAAGAGCACGGUCCAGUAUGUCAUGAAUUCUAAAGGGGAUGUGUCCCAAUACCUGCCAUGCCAUUCCCAAUUCCUACAACUGCAAGUAUUGCUAUGAAAAAGUAAGGAAUCUCACCCACUGCCCAUGCUAGUGGAUAAAAUAUUGGAAGAUACAUCCCAGCCCUUUUUCUCGGAAGUAGACCAACCUGUCUGUGCCAAUCUGGGGUAUGACAUUAUUUGCUGAGAUCACUCCUGUGAGUAUAACUUGCAUGUAUAUGUAUAGUGCACGUGAGGUAGCACCAUAUAUGUCCUUGUAUUCAAUCUGAAAAUAGAGGGAGCCCAUCAGGAGACCAAGUAUCACGCACCCUGUAAGUCUAGCGUACGUAUAUCGAACAUUCCUCCAUAAGAAUCGUUGUGUUCUUAGCAGUACCAAAAUGGCUUGCCGUAAAUAUGGAGCUGGAUAAGUAGAAGAUAGAUAAUCUUGUCCUCUGUCCUUAAUUGUCUUCUUUAUGCUGCAAAUCUCUCCAUUAUUAAUCUCCUGCAAAGAGCUGGCCUGGUAGAUUUCUGAAAAAUUUACAGGAGUGCCCCUCUUUUUUAUUCCUAGGCCAAGAGCAUCCAUGAUAAAUCUAACUGGAGUCUCUCUUCCGGAAUAAUGAGGGGCCUUUGGGAUUGAUUUGAAAUAAUCUAGCAAGGAUUUGCGGUUAGAUCCCACUGGACCAAAAUACGCUUGAUGCCCAUCCCCUGUUAGAAUAAGAGCCACGUCAAAGAAUGAUAGUGUGCGUGCAUUAGGGUGUGUUAAGAGUGGCAAUAAUGAUGCUACCCAAAUUCGACACUUGAGAGAGAAUAUGGAGUAUGGUCAAAGUUCCUGUAGUAUCAAGGCCAGAAAUUGGUUCUUCAAGAAGGAGAAUACUUGGGUUAGCAGCCAGCUCAACUGCAAUAGUUAUCUUUUUGGCUAUUUCAAAUGUCUUUCCAGUGGAACACGGAGAGAACCUACGAGUUCAUUGGAGUAGGGCAGUAGACCAAGUUGGUUGAGGACCAACUCAACAAGCAUGCAGCGGCUUGUGGGGCUGAUCUCUUGGCCAAGACGUAGUGCAGCACUGAAUUGAAGGGACUCACGGACAGAGAGGUAAGGUUGGUGAGCAUCCAGCUCCUCUACAUAGCCUAUUACUCUGGAGAAGGCAGCGCCUAUAUGCAAACCAUUUGCCUGGAGGUUGCCGCUGAGGUUGCUGCUUACAGUGCUCAACUUGGAGACGAACAUGAGCUUGUUCCUGCUUCAACACAGCGUAUGCUUGUGAGGCACGUUUGUGCUGAAUCUCUUGGGGUCCAACUGAUAGAUCUUAUUCUGACAGGUUAUGGAUAUUCCCAUGGAAUGAUUUGUUUACCGGUCUCUCUUCUCGGCUGUGCAUCGACCGUACAAUGGUCUUUGGAUGGCAUUUCAAGAGACAACCCAAUCCCAGGCUCACUUUCCACCCACUCUUCUAGUGUCAAGGGAGUUGCUCCUGGUGCAAUGUACUGCAAACUGUCUCCCGCUACAAUGUCUUCAAGAAAUUCACUGGGCUCCACAUAUGAUGGCUUUAUGUACCUGAAUCAUUAACAAGUGUUGCUGCCUUUCAAUGUUAUCUUGAAGAUUGUUAUU